AACUGUAUUAGUCUUCCAUUCACAACGUGGUGUUAGAAUUUCUUCAGAAAGUCAAUAAUUAGAUUAUAAAUAAACCUUGGUGCUUACUUACCUGGACUACAUCGACGUUAUUAUUCAUUAUGGAACCUAGGAUAAACGCAAGAGCAGCGUCACUGCAAAGCCCAAGACCAUUUUCAACAGCUUACACAGCUGUUUCAGCCAGUAAAAGAUUGUCACCAAACAAAAAUCGGGAACCGUUGGUUGCUGGCAAGAACGGAAGGAUUGUAUCAACGUCUUCUAGGUUGCCACCAGGCAGUCCGUCAAAUACACUACGAGAAAGAAACAAGAGAGAAUCGCUUGAACAUAUUUCAGUCUCAAACAUACAAGUCACAAAAUCUUACUCUGUUCCAGACGUCAGGAUAUCGGGUGCUGAACCGAAGGAAGUUGACGAAAAUACCAACACCAGCUCACCGUAUCGGAGACCAGCGAUGAUGCCGGUAUCGAGCAGUACAUCCACAUGGAGAAUUGUCAAGGAUACCAAAUGUCUGGUGAAUCACGAACCCCUUUUCGGUAUCUACAUGAAUAAAAGAGGUGAACUAUAUACAAGUUCUCAUCCAUCUAAAGGUGGACUUAUGGAAUGCUUCGAUAGAAAUGGCAACUCUGUAUCAAGUUUCUACCUCAAACCUUACGGUGGCAAAAAUACAAAAACGUUCAGACCAUUUCAGAUUCACGAAACACCAGACGGGCAUCUUGCAGUUGCAUGUAUAAACAGUGUUACAGUGUGGACAAAACAAGGAAAACUUGUUAUUGAACAUGGAAAAAAUAUGUUUAAAUUUUGCAAAAACAUUGCAGUUCGUUCAACAGGUGAAAUUAUUGCGACAGACACAGAUGGCGACUGUGUGAUGCUGAUAUCACCAAGUGGACAACAAAUUACAAAACUCGAUUUCAAGAUCGAAUGUGCUGCGGGUGUUGCGGUUGACAGCAACGAUAAUAUCAUUGUGACCGACUUCAAACAUACUGUUUGGAUUUUCGACGUGGAUAACAAACUUGUACGAAAAUUUGGUGUCAGGGGUCAUGGUGAUGGUGAACUAGACAUGGUUUAUGGCGUUACUACUGAUAGUGAAGAUAAUAUUGUAUUAGCUGACAUGUGGAAUCAUAGAAUAUCUGUCUACUCGAACGAAGGAAAAUUUCUGUGCAAUAUAGCGACUGCUUCAGCAGGGCUGCAUCGCCCACUUCAACUUGCUGUGACAAAAGACGAAAACGGUGACAAUAGACUGGCCAUAUUGGAACUUGGUUCUUACGCAGUAAAAUUGUUGUCUUACUGAAUGAGAGAGGCACUGAAACGCCAAUGAGUAAAGAUGCUGUAGGUGGACGGUGGUCGGCAAAGUCCCUCGAAGCAAAACUGUCCCGAAGUGCGUGCAAGCCAAGAGCAACUCAAAUGGUUUCGUCCGAACCUGGGCAACAUUGGUUGCGCGGGGUAGCUUCGUCACCAUUGCGCAUGAAUAAAUUUUGCAAUUUUUGAAACAUUUCAAGUUAUUUAUCGUCGUUUCUUUUCAUAUCAUUAAUUUCGCUGUGUGAAAAAACACCGACCACAGUGAUUCAUGUCAUGUACGUCAUGGGGUUCUGAAAUAUGUUUAUCUGACGCCCGACUUGGAAACCAUUGGAUAAGCCGACUCUCAACUGAACAAAAUUUUAACUCUGACUUCGGUAUUGCAAAAACAACUGAAAUACUGACUUUUGAAAUAAAUUCUUCAUUCGUCUCUGGGAAGUUUGAAUAUAUUAUAUGACUUUUUAAAGUCGCCAAUUUCGCUACAUCCUCGCUGAACGCACAUUUUUUGUUUUCUACAAUUACAUAUUUUCGGAUUAAUUGCUGCGCCGUAUAUGUGGUUAAUUUUGCAGUUUAGCAGUUUGUUAUAGUCAAUCAUGGUUUGGUAGAUGUUAUGUGCCUUCCGUUUGUGUGUGCAGGGAUUAUGCUUUCCCAUUUCCACUGUAGAAUGCCCUUUAUUUUCAGCUACAUAGUUUUGUGUUUAUUUAUUCCAGAUUUUAUGAAGCUAAUUUUAAAUUGUUUCUGCUUGUUAUUUUUUUCCCUAAUAUUCAUUGCCUUAGCAGUUAGCAUGAUACAAUUUCUGCUGUUCCGCAUUAUUUCAGCGCUAGUUGGCAUCACAUGCAAUGAUUUCGCCAUUUCGGGAUAUUCUGUUUUCAUAUCUAUCAAAUUCUUUAGUCUGAAUUGUUCGUAAAUUGAUAGCUAUUUUAGUUUAGUUUUCAAUUGAGUUGAUUAUACAUUGUUAAGUUUGACAGUAGUUGUUGUCAUCCGUCCCUUAGUCAUUGUUUCGUAUGUUCCUACCAAAUACAAAUUUGUUAUCAAACUGACGCCAUUUUGUUAUGGCGUUUCCAAUUUU